GAUACACCUCGAGUGGUACAUAUAAUGGACUUUCUCAGAAGCUAGUUGAUUUCACAUCGCCUGGUUAAGAUAGACAUCUACUUACUGUCUGCAUUCACAAGUUCUUUAGUUGACUGACAGAGUUUAGUUACAAAGAGCCAUCCACCCAAGAACACAUUAACGUCAUCAUGAAAGACGACGAUAAGCCCAGAUUAUUAGUAGACCGACCCGUGUUGUCCAUGGCAGACUGCCAACUUAGUGGUGUGGACGACUCUACCAUGGGUCUUGACGACAUCGACGAAGGCUCUCGUGCUUACAUGGAAAGAUUAAAACGAUGCUUUCGUGACAACUGUCGUCGUCAGUGCUCUCCCGUGAAAGUUGGGAAGUCGGUGAUGUCAUUAUUUCCCAUGAUCAGCUGGUUACGUAACUACAACAUAAAACGAGAUCUUGUCUAUGAUAUUGUAUCAGGAUGUACAUGCGCAAUCCUUCAUGUACCACAGGGGAUGGCCUUCGCCCUGUUAGCCGCCGUCCCGCCUGUUUAUGGAUUAUACACGUCCUUCUUCCCUGUUUUGUUGUACAGUUUUAUGGGAACGUCUAUGCAAUUGUCUGUUGGAACUUUUGCUGUACUGUCUUUGAUGACUUCUGCUGUUGUUGGACGUCUUGCUACUUCAGUCCCGAAAGGAGUCGCUACUGCCACAAGUAACAUAACGGAAGGUGUGAACCUGACAGAUGUGUCUGAGGUCCAGAUUAGUUCUGCUGCUGUUGUAACAGCGAUAGAGGUUGCUGUAGCGAUAACUUUUCUAUGUGGAAUAAUUCAGACACUGAUGAGCGUAUUGCGAUUGGGAAAAGUGGGUGUUCUAAUGUCUCCACCACUGGCCAGUGGUUUUACAACAGGAGCUGCUGUCCACGUCAUGACGAGUCAGAUCCAGUAUGUUCUCAGUCUUAAGUUGCCCCGCUUCAGUGGUCCUCUAAAUAUAAUCUACGUGUACAUUUCAAUUUUUAAGAACAUCCACAAGACAAACAUCGUCUCCUUGGUUCUGUCGUUGUGUGUCAUCGCCAUUUUAGUCAUUGUGAAGGACUUCAUCAACGCCAAGUUCCGAGAGAAGCUCAAGAUUCCCAUUCCCAUCGAUCUUAUCGUAGUUGUUCUAGGAACUGUAGUGUCGUAUUUCUUGAGCUUGAACCCUAACUACGGCGUUCCAAUAGUUGGAUCAAUUCCUACUGGACUUCCUCCACCGACCCUUCCACCUGCGCGCCUCCUCCCGGAAGUGGCCGGAGAUAGCGUCGCCAUUGCUCUUGUUGGUUUUGCAGCUUCUCUUUCCCUUGCUGCUAUGUAUGCGAAACGCCAUAAUAUUUUUGUCGGAGCUCAAGAACUGCUGGCAAUCGGAGCAGGAAAUAUUCUUGGUGGUUUCUUUUUAUGUAUCCCUUCCGCUGGUGCACUAGCCCGUAGUGCAGUGAUGGACAGUAUUGGUGCAAGGACUCAGCUGAACGGUUUGGUAUCCUGUGUUGUUUUAUUGAUUGUUCUGCUGGUUUUGGCCCCUCUUCUACAGACUUUACCAACAUGUGUGUUAGCUGCCAUCACCAUAAUUGCACUAAAGGAUCUUCUGAAGCAGGUCACAGAGCUUAAACGUCUGGGACGCGUCUCAAAAGUUGAUGCUUGUAUUUGGUUCGUAACCUUUGCCUCCGUUGUUUUGCUUGACGUUACUUACGGACUGAUCAUCGGGGUUAUUGUGUCCUUAUUUAGCGUGGUGUGGAGAAUGCAAAGCCACCGUGGAACUACUCUACAAGAAUUUGGUAGCUCUGGUGUUUAUAUUCCUGGUCCGAAAGUAAAAUACUUGACUCCAGUCGAUGAGAAGACAGGAUGCGUUACGGUCUUUCAUUUCGGAGUUCCUCUCUGCUUUGCAACAGCUAGUCGAUUCCAAGGCGAAAUAACCCGUAUCAUCCGACAGAGGCUUUCACCCGAUGCAACAAAACCAAAUGUCAACGACCCUACGAACUAUGACCUGUACAUUGUCCUGGAUUGUUCUACUAUCUGUUAUAUUGACGAUACAGGCCUCACAGCCAUGAGAGAGGUUAUUAACAAAUCCAGAAAGGAGGGCGUUUGCUUGUACUUAGCCUCGCUACCAAUUGCCGUCAAUGAUAUCCUGGAGAUCUCGGGAGUUUUUGAUCUUAUAGGAAAAGAAAACGUUUUUCUCACAGUUCACGACGCGGUAUUGAAUGCUACCACCCGUGACCUAAAGCGUGACGUUAGCUUCGGUAGCGUUCGGGAUGAGAGUAUUCAUCUGUAACCUCGUUUUGGAUGUAAGUAUUCAACUGCAGCCUCGUUUUGGGUGUGAGUGUUCAACUGUAGCCGCUGGGUGUUAGUUCGUUUAACGAAGUCGUACUUCCCCACCAGGGCUUCUUGUUUUUGUUUCCAUUAGGGUUCUUAAGUUGCUUUCCAUUGUAACCAUUACAGUAGAAUUAUUUUACAGUUUUAUUUAAGGAUGAAGGCUAUAUUUUUGUCGUUUAUCCAGAAAUAUUAUCCAUAAACAAAUUUUCCCUAUAAUGUGGUAUGCAUUUUUCUUGGAUUUUACCUACAGAAUUAUAUAUAUAUAAUGAAUUAUUCACCUAAAUAGACAUAUGAACAUAUAUAUAUAUAUAUAUAAGCUGUACAAUGCAGCAUGUGUAAUCGGUUGACUGAAUUAUUCGAGUUGCAUGUUUAUCCAGAAUAAAAACUGUUUUAGAGCAGCGUUUCCUUUCAAUAAAUAUUCUUUCUUGCACUCCUCCCUUGUUUUUUUUUAGAUGGGUGAAAGAGUGAGAUAAGUGAUGAGAUGUAACACAGGGAUACACAUUAAAAUACUAUAUGUGUUGUAGUAAUUCUUAUUACUUUCAUUAAUAAAAAUAUAUUAAAACGUUUAAUUUUAAAUUGUUAGACUAUUAACUUUGUCUAAUUGCUCGCUCCUCCCCUAAGAGAUCAAUUGCGCCCCCUGGGAAAGUGCGCCCCACACCUUGGGAAACGCUGUUUUAGAGAACAACAGUUUUGUUGAUAAAUUAUUGUCUCAUUUUAGUUAAGCAUUUUUAUAAGAUUUAUGGUAGUUUUAAAAUUGAAUAAACGCGGGAAAAAUAAUUCAAACAAAUAUAUAACUUAAGAGACAAAAGUAGAUGAUUUGAAUUAUGGAAUGCUUCAAGUUUAACAUUUGUAUUAUGUAUAGUAAUAAUACUAAAACUUCUUUCAUAGUUUUCAUUGGUUAAUGGAUCCCGUUGCCACUGAAGUCAUAAAUAUGAUCUGAAUCUGAAACAAAAUGUUUUUUAGGUUUGUUAUUAAGCAUAAACUACAUAAUGGUUUAUCUGUGCUGUGCCCACCACGAGUAUCGAAACCCGGUUUAUAACGUUUUAACCUUGUAGACUUACCAGUGGGGAAGGGACAGCUUUUAGGAGUGGGUGGAGCAGCUAAAGUCAUAAGGUGAUCUGUUUUGUUUGCGAUUUGUUUGUUGUUAAGCCUAAAGCUACACAAAGGGAUAUUUGUGCUUUGCCCACCACGGCUAUCGAAACCCGGUUUAUAACGUUUUAACCUUGUAGACUUACCAGUGGGUGGAGCAGCUAAAGUCAUAAGGUGAUCUGUUUUGUUUGCGAUUUGUUUGUUGUUAAGCCUAAAGCUACACAAAGGGAUAUUUGUGCUUUGCCCACCACGAGUAUCGAAACCCGGUUUAUAACUUUGUUAGUCCGCAGACAUACUGGGGUGCUAGGUGAUCUGAUGGGCAAAGAUUAAGCAUCCAUGUUACAAAAUCAUCACAUAGUGUGGGCUGAGAUCUCACUUUAGCUUGGAGUUUUUAUUCUUAUGUAUUUUAUUAAUAGAAAAAGCCUCCCAUUGGCACAGCGGUAUGUCUGCGGACUUACAACGCUAGAAAUCGGGUUUCCAUACCCGUAUUGGGCAGAGCACAGAUAGUCCAAUGUGUGGUUUCGUGCUUAAUUACAAAUAAACAAAGUAUUUUUUUAUAUCACAUGGUUAACCUCUUUAUUCUGUCUUGACUGUUUAAGUCCACGAAAAACGAUUUGAUCAGAUCUGGUUUUAUACUCUGCCAACUGUUAGAACCAUAUGAUUUUGUAUAAUUUAAUUUUUUCCGUGCUUCUGUGAAAAGUAUAACUUAUUUUUACUGAUAUCUGACGUAGUCUUUAAUCAGUCUAAUGGAUUUCAAAUAAGAUUUUUUGUUGUUGUUGCUGUUAACGAGAUGUACAGGUAUAACUGUUUACUGUGGAUAUGUACACUGUGCUAUGCAAUAAUUCUAAAGACAUUGGUUUUGUUGUUUUUUAAUCUUUGUGAUGAUUGUGUUGAAAAAUCGAGGAUUUUUCUUUGUCUGUGUAAUUGUCGAUACUUCAGUUCAUUAAGGUUGAUUGUUGUUAAAACAAAGCUAUACAAAGGGAUAUCUAUGUUUUGCCUACCGCGGAUAUCGAACCCGAUUUAUAGCGCUAUAAGCCCACGGGGUUACUGCUGAGCCACCU